AUGAUACCCGGCGUCGACCACCAGGCGCCCGCUGAUGCCGACGACGGUCUGGCUCAAGAAACAGCCCGCCUCCGUCUGGAGCAGGAGUAUGCUGCACUCAACCAAGAGGGUGAGGUCACCGGCGUAGCCCAGGCCGCCGUCCAGCCCGCUCCGCCGGCGGCAAUCAACUCUCGGCCUGUGCCUACCGGCAAUCCUAACGCGGUCGACAUCACCGCACACUUUACUCAAGCAUGUGCCGCGCUUAGCACCGGCCAACUCGUGAAAGAUGAGUAUUUUACUCUCUUCGAGUCCGUGGGGGCUCUGGAGAUCAUGGAUCCAAAAAUGGACAGCGGCUUUCUUGCUCCCGGCGAGACUCUCGAAGAAGACUUCGACGCCUUGAAGGAACUUCUGCCAGAAGAAGUCAUCGGGAUCAUGGAUCAGCUACUAUGCUACGAAAUGUCAUGGCACCAGGGCUACCCGCUGUCCCAGACUCUGACCGUGGACGAAGCCCUAUUCCAUCGGUCUUCGAAUCCUCGCGAGUUUCUAAAGCGUGGCUCGAGCGAGGACCCAGAGGGCACUUACAGAUACCCUGGCAGCAAAUCACCCAUGCUCAUGGUCCUACGCGCCUAUUGUCUCGGUCUACUAAAGUACUGUGACAAUGUCAUUCAGAGGGUCACGUCGAGGGAUUAUUUCGAAGAAGAAGACUUCUCCACUCACACUUACAGCAGACAACUCCUGACUAGAUUUCCAGAGGAGGACAUCAUCGAUGUGAUCAGGCGCGCAGAGCAGUGGAUAGAGCAUGACGGGAAGUGGGGAAAGGAUGGGGAGCUACAGCUUCACGAGAGCGCUAGACAAGCGCUUCUAUCAAGAUUGGCAUUGCGAGAGAAGCUGCUGGUUGUGACCUCCCCUGAAAACCCGCUGGAACAGCAAGAAGAUGACUGGUUGGCGGUGCGGCAAUAUCUCCAAGAAAUCCAGGACUCGCACGCGACAGGCACACCCGUCAAGGAUGCCUUCAGCCCUAAAAUACAACGACGUCUGGCGAGUACAGUGCCUCCGAGGCCAGUGGUCGAACUACCUUUCACCGAUGCGUGCCAGGUGUUGUUGGAGUUGUGCCAAGACAAUCUGGAAGUCGUUCGCGGCACAAAACUCCAGACCAUAAGCCCUCAAGAGAUAGUCUCCUAUAUCUGGGAAUUCAACUCUCGGAAGCCUCAGCCCCUGAGCUACUCCCGCGCCUGCCUCGCCAGCCUUGUUUUCGGGAAUCCGAACGAGAUGUAUGAAGAGCUCCUCCGCAAGGAGCUGGAAGAACUCGUAAUGCCCAAGGACGCGGUACUGGAUCCUGUCAAUUGGUCUUUCGAAACAUCUCAGAACCCGCUCGUCCCGACCGAUAAGCGGGCCAUCAUGGCGUCGCUGGUGAAUGAUUUCACGAACAGAGCUGUGCAGAAUUAUAUCGGAGUGUUGACGAGUUUAUGCCAAAACCGCUGCAGGACUCGGCGUGAGCUCUGCCACAAUUUAAUAGCCUUCAACAACCUCGAGUCAGAGAUCCAAGUUCUCGACCAAGAGCUCCACCAUCUGACAGAUGAUAUCCUUCUUUAUCCUUUUGCUUCAUGGGUCUACCACAUGAAGCUACGCCAAAUGGAAUGGAUCGUUCAGCUUGGUUUUGAGCAAGAAAUCUACCUUCCGGACGAGCGCGCGGGUAUGUACUGGUGGCUAUCAAGCAUAUCCGCCUCGCGGGUUGAUUUACUCGAGCGGAUCCUCGACUUUGUAAGCCAGCGACAUGCCCGUUUCUUGCGGACCGGCCAAAAGGAAGACGCAGCGGAAGUCCUUGAGACUCAGACGCAUGUCGAGAGCAUGCUCCAUGCUACCAAGGGUUGUUCAUCGCUUGCCGAAGCUCUUUGCAGCUUGUACAUCCUUCUCCACUACCUUAAAGCUGUUCCAACGCCUUCACGUCCCUUUGGGCAACCACCUCUGCGGUACGAGCUACGAAUGAAGCCUUUCUUGAUGAUUGACACGCCUCGCCUGGCGCCUUUCGAAGACUUCGACAAGGACAUCCAUCCGUUUGGGCCAUACGAUGCGCCGGAAAGACCUCUCCAGGAGAUAAUCUACAGGUUAACGCACGACGUCGAGAACAUGGUCAAGGAAGCAAAGAGCGAGAUCGCGAUGGUGAAGAAGCUGGGUGCUAAAGCAGCAAAGAGCGAGGGCGUCAAGGAAGCUUGGGAAAAGAACAUACAAAACGUACUGCUUUCCUGCAUUUCCACGGGUCUUGCUGGAGCGACGCUUGCCAAGCUGGAGAACGCCGAGAACCUGCCGGCGAUGGUGGAGGCAAAUUCCGUGAAGAUGGGAGAGGCGGAGCAGAGCAAGAAGUAUCACAAUUGGUGGGUGGUACCGAAAGUGGAAGUUGUAGGAUAA